CAGAGACGAGAUCAUUGAAUGGCACCAUAAUACUUGCCAGAGACGCAUACUCAGAGCGCUGCAAGGACCCAACCUUGGGGGAAAAAUGGCGCACUUUCAGUUCAUUCCGGUGCAGGGGACUCCAGAUAAGACCAGCGAUAAGGCUGCCCAGCGCCUCGCUCGAUCACAUGCAGUGAAACAAGCGUUACACAAAAAAAGACAACUGAAACAAGAAUCAAUGCAACACUUUUCUGUGAGAACAGUAGAAGAUGAACGGGAACAAUCGAGAAGUAUUUGCAGGAGGCAAUGCCCCAAGCGCACUAUCUCAUCGCCCAUUUCGCUAUCAGCAAGUCUGCUCGAUCCCUUCCAAAGUCUCGCCGUCGACUCCAAACGCCUUCAGAUUUUACUGAACGACUUUAAUGCACGCCAAGCUCCCGAGCCUGUUUUCAGCAUCGAGGAUGGCUUUCAGAAUUUCCAAUCGGUUUUCCGAUCUGGUCUUGUUGAUCCUGCUCUUUUAAAUGCUGUGAUGCUCUCCUUGGCCUUCACUGCGAAUGGAGGAGUCAUUAAUAGAGAAUGCCUUAUAUACCGAGGUCAAGCGAUCCAGCAUAUCCGCGAAAGGAUAAGCACGCCCGACAAAGUCGUUUCGGAGUCAACUAUUGGUGCUAUACUAUUACUAGUCGGGGUUGAGGCACGGCUGGGCACAACUUCUCAAGUUCAGCUUCACAUGGGUGCAAUACAAUACCUCCUCAAUGCAUGUGAGCCAGUCGUUGUGAAACUCACUCAAGGCAUUAAGCGCGCCAUAUUCUGGCAGGACUUGAACUCAUCGAUCAUGGUGGGCUCAAAACGCAUAGUCGACCAUACCACUUUCACCGAACUCCACUGGCAACGAGACACAAUAGCUCCAGACUUCUUUGAGCUACCUUCAGGCUUCCAGGUACGAUCUCAUCUGUUCAGUCAAGAAUUCCUGGAUAUAGUCCGAGACAUCCACGCUCUCCAGUGCAUCAGAAACAUCUAUCAACGCACCGGCCGUCCAGUCUCUUCGGUGAACAUCAACAGUCACACAGCAUCCAUCCAAUCUCGUCUCCAGGCCCUCCCAAAUACUUGUCCGAUAUCCAAAGCUUGCCAUCUCGCAGCGUACAUGUGUUCCGUCAUGCUGUGCUGCAAAGUCUGGUGCGCUUUAGUGAUUCCCUCCAAUAUUACUGCGCAACUUCUCAGAGAAAUUGAAAAAGUCCGCUAUGAACCCGUUUGGGACGAGCAUGCCGACCUGUUGCUUUGGCUGAUAUGUAUCGGCGGAGUAUUUGCUCCAGAUGGGCCUGUCCGUUCAGGUUACACCUCACUUUUAUGUUCGACGAGUUUCGAAAGACCCAGCCUUCACUGUUCGUGGUCUAAUACAAGCGAGAUACUGAACCAGUUCAUCUGGUCGGACUUGGCCUUUGGAUCUGCUGUUAGGAAAUUUCUAGAAGAGAGGUCAAUGAACGUCAUGUAA